AUGUCACGGCAUACAGUUACAGUUCUCAAACAUUUGCUUUCGGUCCACGGCGACUUACCUCAAUACACCGGCGAUAGAGGAAGACCACCAGUCGAGUUAAGAAAGCAAAUCCUUAUUACGCUGUGGAUUCUUGGGAAUCCAGAAUGUUUACGCUCUGUUGCCGAUCGAUUUGAUGUUUGCAGGGCAACUGCGUACAGAGUCUACAGACGAGUUUGCAAAGCAAUAGUGAGGAACUUAAUGGAUGAGUUUAUCAAGUUUCCAACUGGUCUAAAAGCCCAAGCGGUGAUGGAGGCCUUUGAAGAGAAAAAGGGUUUUCCGGGUGUUUUGGGGGCUUUUGAUGGCACCCACAUACCAAUCAAAGCACCACAUAACAAUCAUGAACAAUACAUAAAUCGCAAAGGUUUCUUUUCCGUCCAACUACAAGUCAUUUGUGACCCGGAUUUAUUCAUAACCGAUGUUUUCUGUGGUUACCCUGGUUCAGUACACGAUGCUCGCGUGUUUCGUAAUUCUCCGAUCUGCUGA